AUGAAUCUGGAACUGCAUUCUUUGGUUAACAUACUCCAUUCCUGCAACACCCACCUUUCACUCUACUUAGGCAAACAGCUCCACCUUACUUUUCUCAAGAAGGGUCUCAUAAACUCCACCGUUACAAUCGGAAACCGCCUUCUGCAGAUGUAUGUGAAAUGUGGUACCAUGGAUGAUGCCCUCAACUUGUUCGAUGAAAUGGCCCACAGAAAUGGCUUCUCUUGGAACACGUUACUCGAAGGUUAUAUCAAGUCCGGGGACCAAGAGAGGGCUUUGAACUUGUUUGAUUCCAUGGCUUGUAAGGAUGAUUUCACCUGGAGCUUGGUUGUUUCGGGGUUUGUAAAAGCUGGUAAGCUUGAGGUUGCUCGCGCUUUGUUUGAUGACAUGCCGAGGAGAAACUGGGUUGUUUGGAAUUCUAUGAUCAAUGGCUACGCGAAACACGGGCGGUCUAGAGAUGCUUUAAGGCUUUUUAAGGAUUUGAGUCUGAAACCAUUGGAGGUAUCACAUGAAAAGAAGUUUAUAUUCGCCACGGUUGUUGGAGCUUGUGCUGAGUUGGUUGCGCUUGGUUGCGGGAAGCAAAUCCAUGCGCGCAUUGUGACUGAUGGAGUGGAAUUCGACAACGUUUUGGCGAGUUCCUUGGUUAAUUUUUAUGGCAAGUGUGGUGACUUGGAUAGUGCAAGUCAAGUUUUGAAUUUGAUGAACGAGCCGGAUGACUACUCUCUCUCAGCAAUGGUUUCUGGUUUUGCUAACGGUGGUAGAAUGAACGAUGCAAGAAGAGUGUUUGAUACUAAAAGCAAUCCAGAUGUUGUGUUAUGGAAUUCAUUGAUUUCUGGAUAUGUCAUCAGUAAUGAAACCAUUGGAGGAGCAUUACUUCUUUUCAAGGAAAUGCUGAUUAAUGGUGUUCAUGGAAAUUCUGUUACGCUUGCAAGUGUUUUGGGUGCCAUUAGUAUCUCAGGCAUCCUAAAACAUGCUCAACAAUUGCACACACUUGCUUGCAAACUUGGGUUGCUUGGUAAUGUUAUUGCUGCUACUGCUAUGCUUGAUGCAUACUCCAAGUGUGGAAGCCCUGAUGAUGCUUGCAGAUUGUUUAGUGAGCUCAAAGUCUUUGACACAAUAUUGCUUAAUUUGAUGAUCACUGUGUACUCCAAUUGUGGUAGAAUUGAAGAUGCAAAACAGAUUUUUAUGGCAAUGCCGAGUAAAAGCAUAAUAUCAUGGAAUUCAAUGAUGGUUGGCUUUAGUCAAAAUGGUUGUCCAAUUGAAGCAGUAGAUCUUUUCAGACAAAUCAAUGUGCUGGACUUGAGAAUGGACAAGUUCAGCCUAGCUAGUGUGCUAAGUUCAUGUGCAAGUAUUUCCUCACUUGAAUAUGGAGAACAGGUUUUUGCCAGAGCUACCAUCAUUGGGCUUGAUGACGAUGAAAUUGUUUCCAACUCACUUGUUGAUUUCUAUUGUAAGUGCGGCCUUGUUGAAAAUGCACGAAAGUUGUUUGAUAGGAUGAUGAAGUCUAAUGAAGUCCCUUGGAAUUCUAUGCUAAUUGGAUAUGCAACAAAUGGGCAUGGAAGUGAAGCACUGGCUCUUUUCAAUGAAAUGAGGCUUGCUGGUGUGAAACCCAAUGAAAUUACAUUUACAGGGGUUUUGUCUGCCUGUGAUCAUUGUGGGUUGGUCGAAGAGGGAAGGAAAUGGUUUUAUAAGAUGAAACAGGACUAUCAUAUUGACCCGUAUAUUGAACACUAUGCUUGUAUGAUCGAUCUUUUUUCCCGAGCUGGUUGCCUUGAGGAAGCAAUUAGUCUAGUUGAAGCAAUGCCCUUUGAAUUAGACGCCAGCAUAUUGUCAUCAGUCUUGAGGGGCUGUGUGUCUCAUGGACACAAAGAUCUUGCGAAGAAAAUGGCAGAGCGAAUCAUUGAGCUUGAUCCUGAGAAUUCAGGUGCUUAUGUACAGCUUUCUAAUGCACUUGCAGGCGUCAAUGAGUGGGAAGGAUCUGCCCAGAUUAGACAAAUGAUGAGAGAUAGGAGCAUACAAAAGAAUCCUGCUUGCAGCUGGUUUGAUCGUUGAACAAUUGAACAAUUGAAUCUUAUGGGAAACAAAAAUCUAUUGGCACCUGACAGUCUGACAGAGAUGGACUUGAAAAGCAAAUCAAUAGUUGUGGGUUGAAAUGAGAGGACGUAUUGGAG